AAGCUUCGGUUUACAUGAGUACACAUACACACACGUCACACACACGCAAAAAUCUGUGCACACCAUAAACAGCAAAACGCACUUCGACGUUUUACCGCUUGCUGUGCCCGCGCGCAGAAGACGCGUUUACUCUUGUCAAGCGGCGUCAGCGUUACUUUCUUGUGUGUACUUCAACAAUUGUGGCGCCAAAUUGUUACUAUCGAUACUGUUUGUAAACCCUUUGGCAGGGUUUCCGAGCGAUCUGCCAAAAUGCCGGCCUUUCUCAAGCACAUCGAGGUUGACAACUUCAAAUCUUACAAGGGCAAACUGACCAUCGGACCGCUGAAAUCCUUCACCGCGGUUAUCGGCCCUAAUGGAUCUGGCAAGUCAAAUUUCAUGGAUGCCAUUAGUUUUGUCAUGGGAGAGAAGACGAGCAGUCUUCGUGUUAAGAGAUUCAAUGAACUGAUCCAUGGUGCAUCCAUUGGGCAGCCAGUCUCUCGCAGUGCCUCUGUCACGGCUGUGUUUGAAAUGGAAGAUGGGUCAGAAAAAAGCUUUAUGCGAGCUGUUCAUGGCUCUUCAUCAGAACAUCGCAUUAACGGCAGUGUUGUUACAAGUGUAGUGUACCUCAAUGAAUUGGAACAUCUUGGAAUUAAUGUGAAAGCAAAAAAUUUCUUGGUUUUUCAAGGGGCUGUUGAGUCUAUUGCUAUGAAAAAUCCAAAGGAAAGAACAGCACUAUUUGAAGAAAUUAGUAAUUCAGGUGCACUGAAAUCUGAAUAUGAACGUCUAAAAGCUGAAAUGUUGAAAGCUGAAGAAGAUACUCAAUUUUCAUAUCAAAAGAAAAAAGGUAUUGCUGCUGAAAGAAAAGAAGCAAAGUUGGAAAAAGAAGAGGCAGAAAAAUAUCAACGCUUGAAAGAAGAAUAUGUUGAAAAACAAGUAGAGAUGCAGUUAUUCAAGCUCUACCAUAAUGAAAGAGAAAUUGAAAGCUAUGAACAAUCUCUUAAAAAGAAACAGCAAGAGAUCGAAAAAAUUGAAAAGAAACGUGAAAAAGCAGAAGAAGUAUUGAAAGAAAAAAAGAAAGAAUCUGGUAAAGUAGCACGUGAUCUAGCAAAAAUUGAACAAGAUAUUAGGGAGGUAGAAGUUGAAAUUACAAAGAAGCGACCUGCAUUCAUUAAAGCUAAAGAACGAGUUGCUCACAUGCAAAAAAAGUUAGAGUCAGCUAAGAAAUCCCUGCAACAAGCUCGAGUAGCUGAUGAUGCUCACAAAAAAGACAUUAAUGAGUUAUUAGAAGAGUUGAGACAAAUAGAAGAAGCCAAAGCAACAUAUGAAGCUAGUAUUGCUGCUCAAUCACAAUCUCAAGGACGAGAUGUUCAAUUAGAAGAUGAGCAAGUAAAAGAGUAUAAUAGAUUAAAGGAAGAAGCUGGAAAACAAUCAGCUAGAUAUACUCAAUUGCUUGAUUCUAUUAAUCGAGAACAAAAAUCAGACCAAGACAGACUUGACAAUGAAGGAAGAAAGAAAAAUGAGCUAGAAAAUAAAAUUAAACAGAAAGAGCAUGUUUUGGAAGAGGCAGAAAAGCGUAUUGAGAAGCUUGAAGAACAUAUUCGCAAUUCUGAAACUAUGCUAGAAGAGCAGAAAAAACUGCGAGAAGAUUUACAAAGUGAUGUUGGUAGUUCAAAGGAUAGGAUUCAAGAAUUGCAACAAAAUUUGGAAAGCAUUUCAGAGCAAUUAGGAGAUGCUAAAGUUGAUAAACACGAAGUAUCCAGAACUAAGAAAAAAACAGAAAUAGUUGAAAAUUUCAAAAAGCUUUUCCCUGGAGUAUAUGAUAGAAUGUACAACAUGUGUGAGCCUAUUCAUAAAAGAUACAAUGUUGCUAUAACCAAAGUUCUUGGAAAAUAUAUGGAAGCUAUUGUAGUCGACACUGAAAAGACUGCAAGACAAUGCAUUCAAUACUUAAAAGAGCAAUAUCUUGAACCGGAAACAUUUUUACCUUUGGAUUACAUUCAAGCUAAACCUCUGAAAGAACGUCUCAGGAAUAUCCAAGAACCAAGAAAUGUUAAGUUAUUAUAUGAUGUUUUGCGAUUCUCUCCAAAGGACAUUGACCGAGCUGUGUUGUUUGCUACUAACAAUGCUUUAGUAUGUGAAACUCCUGAAGAUGCUAAUAAAGUUGCUUAUGAAAUGGAUAAAAAAGCUCGAUAUGAUUGCGUAGCUCUUGAUGGAACAUUUUACCAAAAAGCUGGUAUAAUUUCUGGUGGUAGUUUAGAUUUAGCAAAAAAAGCUAAGAGAUGGGACGAAAAACAAAUGUCUCAACUAAAAGCACAAAAAGAAAAAUUGACAGAGGAACUUCGAGAUGCUCUGAAGAAAUCCCGCAAAGAAUCCGAGUUGAAUACAAUCGAAUCUCAAAUUCGGGGUACAGAAACCAGAUUGAGAUACAACAAAAGUGAUUUAGCUUCUACAAAUAAAUCAAUCUAUGAAUCGAAACAAGAACUUGCCAAAAUUAAGAAAGAACUAGACAAAUUCAUGCCUACUAUUACAGAAAUUGAAAAAACGAUGGCAGAUCGUGAUAAUGAAAUUCAAAAUAUUAAAGAAAAGAUGAAUAAUGUAGAAGAUGAUGUAUUUUCAAGCUUUUGUGAGUCAAUUGGAAUCUCUAAUAUUCGUCAAUAUGAAGAAAGAGAAUUGAGGUCACAAGAAGAAAGAGCUAAAAAAAGGAUGGAGUUUGAAAAUCAAAUGAACCGAAUUCAAAAUCAAUUGGACUUCGAAAAACAAAGAGACACAGAAAGCAAUGUAUUGAGAUGGGAACGUGGUGUACAAGAUGCAGAAGACAAGUUAGAAUCAGCUAAGCAAACGGAAAAGAAUCAAAAAGGUGAAAUAGAAAAUGAUGAAAGGCAAAUGGAACAAUUGAAAUCUUCCAGAACUGCUAAAAAAGUGGAAUUUGAUCAAAAGGAAGAGGAAAUUGGCAAAUGUAGACGAGAAGUAGGGGCAAUUGCAAAAGAUGUCCAAGCAGCAAAUAAGCAGCUAAACUCAAUUGAAAAUAAAAUUGAGCAACGCAAAGGCGAACGCCAUACUAUUUUAAUGAAUUGCAAGAUGGAAGACAUAGCAAUUCCAAUGAUACGCGGUAAUAUGGAAGAUAUUGCUAGUGAUACUAGUGCCGUUAGAGAUAGUGAAGCUAAUGAAAGUGUGAGUACACAAAAACAGUAUGAACGAGAAAGUCGUAUUACUAUCGAUUACUCUGGAUUACAAGAUAACUUGAAAGAUAUUGACGAAGAAGAUCUCAAAAAAACAACAGAUAAACUAAAUAAAGACAUCAAUGAAUUACAAAAUACUAUUCAGCGAAUUCAAGCACCAAAUAUGAAAGCCAUACAAAAACUGUAUUUAGCCAAAGAGAAACUACAAGAAACAAAUGAAGAAUUCGAACAGUUACGUAAAAAAGCAAAAAAAGCAAAAACUCAGUUUGAAAAAGUUAAAAAAGAAAGAUACGAUCGAUUUACCACAUGUUUUGAGCAUGUUUCAAAUGAAAUUGAUGCUAUUUACAAGGCUCUAGCAAAAAAUCAAUCUGCUCAAGCCUUUUUAGGACCAGAAAACCCUGAAGAACCUUACCUAGAUGGUAUAAACUACAAUUGUGUAGCCCCUGGAAAACGAUUCCAACCGAUGUCUAAUCUUUCGGGAGGUGAAAAAACAGUUGCAGCUCUUGCUUUACUAUUUGCAAUUCACAGUUAUCAGCCAGCUCCAUUUUUUGUUCUUGAUGAGAUCGAUGCAGCUUUGGAUAACACAAACAUUGGAAAAGUAGCAAGCUACAUUAGAGACAAAACGAAUUCACUUCAAACUAUUGUAAUUUCGUUGAAAGAAGAAUUUUAUUCGCAUGCAGAUGCUUUAAUAGGAAUUUGUCCUGACGUUGGUGAAUGUUUAGAGAGUAAAGUUCUGACACUAGACCUGACGCAGUUUCCACAGCACGUUAGUUAAACUGUAGCUUUUCAAAUUAUCAUCCCACCAAGACUUUCUUAUGUCAAUAAUGAAGAUUUGAUUUUUGUUGAGUACAAAAAAAUGAAUGUUGUUUAAGUUAAUUAAUUAGGCGUUUAAGAUUGAAAAACGCGAGAUUAAAUAUUAUCUGAAAACUAUUUAAAUAGUAAAUGUCAAAAACUUACGAGAAAUUAUCUUUUUAUUCUAAAUGUUUGUGUAGAAUGUUGUAUUUAUAAAUCCAUGAAGCAUGGUAAAAUUUUGAUUAUUAAUGACGUCGAAGAUACCUGUUCAACAGAUAUUUUGCUAAGUAUUAAGUUAAUAUAAAAUUUUUUUUAUCUAUUUAACAAUAUUAUUUAGAAGUAUGUCUUAAUAAGUUUAAAUAAAAACUAAACUAUAAUCAUAGUGAAAAUUAUACUUUAAUCUGCAAGUAGUUACAGUUUCGAUCAAUAAAAUCCAAGCGUUAGUUUUUAUACUGUACAAAGAUAAAAUAAAAAUUGUUCUACAAA